AUGGACGGCCUUGUCCUACGUAGGAAUGCCAAUGGCAUCCCUUGGGUGGGAGUUCUCGACUACAAAGGCCGUCAACGUAGAAGCUACCAGCUUCUUCUUCUUCAAUCAAGCAAUCAUCCCACCCCCACAAUCGAUGUGCAAACAUCCGCAAUCUGGAGCGCAAUCGAUUCAGGGUGGGUCGAUUUCAGUGUGGCGAAAAGAUGGCUAGAAAAGUGUAUUACGCAACACACUUUCGGAUGUCAAAGUUCCUCUAACAUAAGACACGUGUCUCCAGCUUGGCUGAUCGACACUACGAGCCACUGCUUAGUGUCUGGAGAAGGUAUCACCGACUUUGUAGCUUUGAGCUACCGAUGGGGUCCAUCAACACAUCGAUUCAUGAACUCUGUUAUCUUCAAGGAGCUAACAAUCUCCGGUGGGCUUACCAAACACAGUGGACUUAUAACACCCACUGUCAAUGACGCCAUGCAAGCUGUUCGCGCAAUAGGCGAACGAUAUCUCUGGGUUGAUGCACUAUGUCUGGCGCCGGAUGAUGACCGCAAGUUGUCCGAGCAACUACAACUCAUGGGCUCGAUAUAUUCCUCUGCAAAGCUUACUAUCAUUGCGCUUGACGGUGACGCAAUGGCCGGAUUACCAGGCACCGGGGUGCUGCCGCGAAACUUACAGAACACUUUCGACUGGAAAGAUAGUACCAAGAUCUUGGCAAGGCAUCUGCCCAGUUUAUCAGCUUUGGAAGUUGACGCUUCAGAAUACUUCCAGCGCGGAUGGACAUUUCAGGAAUACAACCUAUCUCGAAGACGACUCAUUUUUGCCAAUCAGCAAAUUCAUUGGCGAUGUUCCUGUGCUCUUUGGCAUGAGGACUGUCCAGAUCUGGAAGAUAAUGACAGGUCGUUAUUGGUCACAAAAACUCCCAACAUCGAAGCCGGAUGGCCGGACUUGCGCGAAUUGAGAAAUCUGAUUACAGAGUAUAAUAAUCGAGAAUUCUCAUUUGAAGAAGAUGCCUUUCCGGGUAUCACUGGCCUACUCGCGCACAUUGGGGACGCCUUCAAAGCCGGGUUCUUGUUUGGACUCCCAAAACAGAAUUUUGAUGCAGCGUUGAUGUGGGGUUGUUCCCUUGGGAGAGACAGCCUCAAUGGAGCCCACUUCGACGGUGUUCGACGGAGGAUUUCGUCUGGUAGAACCGGUUCUGUUUUACCAAAUGCAGUUCUGCCAUCGUGGUCAUGGAUCGGCUGGAAAGGCUAUCCUAUCGACAUCUUUCGAGGAGAGACACAAUAUCUGAUUAAUGAAUUAUCCAUUGGGGAAUCAGAAACUGGGUAUAUCGGCUCAUUUAAAGGAGAUAUCACUGUUCCAAUAACGCAGUGGUUCAGUCAGAAAAGCCCCGAUGCGAGUGACAAGGAUAUCGUCACGCCAUGCUUGGAAAGUGAUACCAUUAUUUCAUCGGCUACAGUCACUGAUUUCGACUCUGAUGUUUGGAGACGUAUCAGAUACGUACCAAGCGAGCAUGGGGCUGACAGUGGGAGGACCAUUCUCUUGCCUUGGAGAGUUAGUGGUGAAUAUGUUUACGAACACAUCCAUUUCCCAGGGGUAUUUCGUUGGUUUCCACUGCCAUACUGCAGUCCAAAAGCAACAAUUGAAUCACAAAACACGCUCGAGCACCCUUACAUCUCAUGCAAAACGGAACGAGUAUGGCUUGCAGCUGUUACGUCAUAUAGAUUUCGACUCCCCAUCCCGUUCGAUGCACAUCUGGAUUUAUAUGACAAGCUUGGAAGAAUUUGCGGCUGGCUCCAGCUACCGAACGACGACGAGGAUUCUGGCUUCGAGGGCGCUGAACUUCCUGGAGAUAUAGAUUCGCACAUUGUUCCUUCAGCUACAAAAGGAAUAAUAUUGAAUCAGUUUCCAGCAGAUGAAGAUCUCAUUGAGCUCGUCGCAAUUUGCCUUCGCAAAUCUCCUAAAAUUGAUUAUGAAACAAAAACCGUCAAUUAUGAUGAUUCCUAUGGAGUAUUGUGGGUCAAAUGGGUUGAUGGUGUCGCAUAUAGAUAUGGAUGUGGACACGUAAGAAAGGAUAUGUGGCAUGAGCAGAAUCCCCAGACUGUAGACUUAGUACUAGGUUAA